AUGCCAUACGAAGGUACGUUACCUUCAUUAGGUGACCCUGUCGUCAGAGGUACCAAGUCGGCACAUGCUUUCCAAUAUUACACUAGUAUUUUAAGAAAUAUAUUAGCUGGGUUCGACAAUCAAGUUAUCAUGAAUUCAACUUUGAAAAGUUUGAUUGAAAUCUUGAAAAGUAAAGAUUUACCAUAUUCAGAAUGGAAUCAGCAAGCCUCUGCAUUACACUCGAGAUUACCAAUUAAGUUAGAUGAAGCAUUGUCAGCGUUGAUUGAAAGGAACCAGUCGAGAAGUGCUGAAUUCCCAGCUCGUCAAAUUUUGAAGCAGAUUCAAAAGUUCACUUCCGAUCCAUCAACUGAUCCAAGCGUUCAUGAUGUGGUUAAACCAUUAAUUGAUAUCGCUACUAGAUACGCUAACGGUCUUGUUGAACAUGAAUAUGAAUUUUUCUCUAAGUUGAUUAACGAAUACUAUGAAAUUGAAAGCCUAUUCUCAGGUACUAAUGUCCGUGAAGAUGAUGUUGUUUUGAAAUUGAGAGACGAGAAUAAAGCUGAUUUAAAUAAAGUUAUUGGUAUUGUUUUAUCUCACUCGAGAGUCAGCUCGAAGAACAAUUUAAUUUUGGCUAUUUUAGAUGAAUACCAACCAUUAUUGCAAUCUUCCUCCAACAUUGCUAAUGGAAUUAGAAAAGCAUUGAAAGACAUUGUUGAAUUAGAAACUAGAGGUGCCGCUAAGGUCGCUUUGAAGGCAAGGGAAAUGUUGAUUCAAUGCUCUUUGCCAUCAAUCCAAGAGAGAUCAGACCAAUUAGAACACAUUUUGAGAUCAUCAGUUCUUCAAACUUCGUAUGGUGAGAUUUACGCUAACCACCGUACUCCAAGAUUGGAUAUCAUUCGUGAAGUUGUUGACUCCAAGCACACCGUAUUCGAUGUUUUGCCUCAAUUUUUAGUCAAUCAAGAUGAAUGGGUUUCUAUCGCGGCUGCAGAAGUUUAUGUUCGCCGUUCAUAUAGAGCAUACUCCUUGGGUCCUAUUACUUAUGAUUUCCAUGAUAAAUUACCAAUUAUUGAGUGGAAAUUCCAAUUGCCAAGUCUUAAUACAUCUCAGUUGACCGCUGUUCAACAUGUUCAGAAUCCAGAUCAACCUGCUAUGAACCGUGCUGCAUCUGUUUCUGAUUUGUCCUUCGUUGUCGAUCAAAACAAGGAACAAAAGACAAGAGUUGGUGUAUUAGUUCCUUGUAGACAUAUCGACGAUGUGGAUGAAAUGCUUACUGCUGCGAUAGAAAAGAUCCAACCUUCCGAUGGAAUCUCAUUCAAAGCCAAAGAGUCGGAAGAUUCUAAGGCGUCUUAUUUGAAUGUUUUCAACAUCAUUGUGACCAAUAUUGAUGGUUACAAUAGUGAAGAGGAAGUAUUGGCCAGAGUUCAUGAAAUUCUUGAUGAAUUCAAGGAAGACCUCAAAUCUGCUUCUAUUCGUCGUAUCACUUUUGUUUUUGCUAAUAAGAUUGGUGUUUAUCCUAAAUACUUCACUUUCAGUGCUCCUGAUUAUAUUGAAAACAAGGUUAUCCGUCACAUUGAGCCUGCAUUGGCAUUCCAAUUGGAAUUGGGAAGAUUAGAUAACUUCGAGAUCAAGCCAAUAUUCACUGACAACAGAAAUAUUCAUGUUUACGAAGCGGUUGGUAAAAACUCACCAUCUGACAAGAGAUUCUUUACAAGAGGUAUCAUUAGAACAGGUGUUAUUCGUAACGAUAUAAGUAUUAGUGAAUAUUUAAUCGCCGAAUCUAAUCGCUUAAUGUCAAGCAUUUUGGAUGCACUUGAAGUUAUUGAUACUUCUAAUUCUGAUCUUAACCAUAUCUUCAUCAAUUUCUCUGCAGUGUUUAAUGUUUUACCUGAGGAGGUUGAAGCUGCUUUCGGGUCAUUCUUAGAGAGAUUCGGUAGAAGAUUGUGGAGAUUACGUGUCACUGGAGCUGAAAUUAGAAUUGUAUGUACUGAUCCAAACACUGGUAAUUCGUUCCCAUUACGUGCUAUUAUCACUAAUGUGUCAGGUUAUGUUGUCAAAUCCGAGUUAUAUAUGGAAGUUAAGAACACGAAGGGUGAAUGGGUUUUCAAAUCAAUUGGUUCCCCUGGUUCCAUGCACUUGAGAACAAUUUCCACGCCAUACCCGGCAAAAGAAUCAUUGCAACCAAAGCGUUACAAGGCUCAUAAUAUGGGUACUACCUACGUCUAUGAUUUCCCUGAAUUAUUCCGUCAAGCUACUCUUUCGCAAUGGAAAAAUCAUCCAAAAGAGAAAGUUCCAAAGGAUAUUUUUACUUCUUUAGAAUUGAUUUCAGAUGAUAAUGGUGACUUGACUGCAGUAGAGCGUGAUCCAGGUAGUAACAAGAUUGGUAUGGUUGGAUUUAAGGUGACUGCUAAAACCCCUGAAUAUCCUCGUGGCCGUCAAUUUGUUAUUGUUGCCAAUGAUAUUACCCAUAAAAUUGGUUCAUUUGGACCAGAAGAAGAUGAAUUCUUCAAUAAGUGUACCCAAUUAGCUAGGAAAUUAGGAAUUCCAAGAAUUUAUCUUUCAGCUAACUCUGGGGCUAGAAUUGGUAUUGCUGAUGAGUUAGUCCCACUUUUUAAUGUUGCUUGGAACGUUGAAGGUUCUCCUGACAAAGGAUUUAGAUACUUAUAUUUGAGUCCUGAGGAUAAAAAGAGCAUUGAUGAAGCUGGGAAAUCAAACACGAUUGUCACCGAGAGAAUUGUUGAAGACGGCCAAGAAAGAUAUGUUAUCAAAUCGAUUGUUGGUGAAGAAGAUGGUUUGGGUGUUGAAUGUCUUAAGGGAUCAGGUUUGAUUGCUGGUAGUACAUCAAGAGCCUACAAGGAUAUCUUUACUAUUACCUUAGUCACAUGUAGAUCUGUUGGUAUCGGUGCUUACUUGGUUAGAUUGGGUCAAAGAGCUAUUCAAGUUGAAGGUCAACCAAUCAUUUUGACUGGGGCUCCUGCCAUCAACAAGUUAUUAGGUAGAGAUGUUUACUCUUCUAACUUGCAAUUAGGUGGUACUCAAAUUAUGUACCGUAAUGGUGUUUCCCAUCUCACUGCCUCGGAUGAUUUGGCUGGUGUUGAAAAGAUUAUGGAAUGGAUGUCAUACGUUCCAGCUAAGCGUGAUAUGCCAAUUCCAAUUUUGGAAAGCGAAGACAGUUGGGACAGAGAAAUUGAAUAUAUUCCACCUAAGGAUGAACCUUAUGAUGUUCGCUGGAUGAUUGAAGGUAAACAGUUAGAUAAUGGUGAUUUUGAAUCUGGUUUAUUUGAUAAGAACUCUUUCCAAGAAACGUUAUCCGGCUGGGCAAAGGGUGUUGUAGUUGGUAGAGCUCGUCUUGGUGGUAUUCCAAUCGGUGUCAUUGGUGUCGAAACUAGAACUGUGGACAACUUAUUACCUGCUGAUCCUGCUAAUCCAGAUUCUACUGAAGUGAUGAUUCAAGAAGCAGGUCAAGUUUGGUAUCCAAACUCUGCCUUCAAGACCGCACAAGCUAUCAAUGAUUUCAACCACGGUGAACAAUUACCUUUGAUGAUUUUAGCUAACUGGAGAGGUUUCUCUGGUGGUCAACGUGAUAUGUUUAAUGAAGUUCUUAAGUAUGGUUCUUUCAUUGUUGAUGCGUUAGUUGACUUCAAGCAACCAAUUUUCACUUAUAUUCCACCAAAUGGUGAAUUAAGAGGUGGUUCAUGGGUUGUUGUUGACCCAACUAUUAAUGCGGAUAUGAUGGAAAUGUAUGCGGAUGUUAACUCUAGAGCUGGUGUUUUAGAACCUGAAGGAAUGGUUGGUAUCAAGUAUAGACGUGACAAAUUAUUAUCCACUAUCGAAAGAUUAGACCCAACUUACAGAGAUUUGAAAAAGCAAUUAAACGAAAGUAAGUUGUCACCAGAAGAACACGCACAAGUCUCCGCCAAGUUAACUACUCGUGAGAAAGCAUUAUUACCUAUUUAUGCGCAGAUUUCAGUUCAAUUUGCUGAUCUCCACGAUAGAUCGGGUCGUAUGUUGGCCAAGGGAGUCAUUAGAAAAGAAAUUAACUGGCCAGAAGCUCGUCGUACAUUCUUCUGGCGUUUACGUCGUCGUUUGAACGAAGAAUACUUAUUGAAACUUAUUGGUGAACAGAUCAAAUCAGACAACAAAUUAGAAAAGGUUGCCAGAUUAAAGAGUUGGAUGCCAACAGUUGACUACGAAGACGAUAUGGCAGUAAGCAACUGGAUUGAGCAAAACCACUCUAAGUUACAGAAGAGAAUUGACGAAUUGAAACACGAAUCGGCUCGUCAAAACUUAGUUGAUAUCUUGAAGGAGGACCCAGAAAGCUCGGUCUCUGUUAUCAAAGAUUUCUUAUCUAACCUUCCGGAGGACCAAAGAGCCCAAUUUGCUGCAUCUUUAAAAUAG